UUUUUCCCCAAAACCUUUCUCAUUUCCCACGAUGAGUCCCCUUCCCGAAACUGAAAUCCACCGCAACGCCGUCGCCGCCGGUGGCCAUCAAAUUCGCGAUGCCGAAAACCGCUGCCUUGAUCUGCGUCACCGCGUCCUCCACUCCGGCCUUCCUCCAUCCUCCUACCAAUCGCUCACCCGCCUCCUCGAUGCUGAGCUCCGCUCCCUCUCUCGCCUCACCUCCUCACCGUCUCCUUUCCUUCCCCUUAGCUCCAAUAUCGGGUACCUCGAAUCCAUCGGCCGUCUCCUCCUUCACCCCUCCAUUCAAUGCGUCACCCGCGUCUCUAGGCCCAUCAUUGCCGCUGGAUCUGACCUCCCCGUCCACGUCGACCUCGUCUGCACUUUCCGCUGCUGUCCUGCAUGGUUCGUGGUCUCUGAUCGAAAUCCUUCCUACCUUUCCUGGAUCGGUCCCAGGGGCCUCCGUGCUCGCGUUGAGCGCGUCGCCGUUGCUGCCCGAUCGGCUGGGGCGCUCAAACCCGCUUCUGUCCUCCUUGUCUUCUCCCGCGGCGUCCCCAGCUAUGUUGCCAACAAUCUGGUGAGGGAGUUUGGGGCCUCUGAGAUUAAUUUCUUUAAGAACGAGGACGAGGAUGUGUUCAAGGAAUUGGAAGAGGGAUGGGUUGGUGUUAGGUGGCCAGACAGUUCAAACUGCAGGGUGUUUGAGAUAAAGAUUAGCCCAGAUGACAGAGGAGGUGCUAUUUGUAGUUCUCAAGUUAUGGAUGAGACAGUGGAAGUUUGUGAAUCGUCUGAAGGAUUUGGAUCUGUGCUUUCAAAGAUGAACAUGGAUUCAGCCCACGCUGUAAAUUUUGAUACAACAGCAUUGGUCGCCUUGGUUUCAGGAAUUAGUAAUGGAGAUUGUGAACGGCUGAUGAAGGCUCCCGAGCAUGAGAUGAGAGCAAGGUUCAAGGGCAACUAUGAGUUCGUGACGGCUCAGGUGAAUUCUGAACUUGAGCACCCAAUUAUGGUAGAAUUUGGUGUUGCACUAGCCGGAAAAAGAGGAAUAAUCUGUGAAAGCGUCCGCUCUGAAUUUCAGGAACUGGUUUCUAUGUGCGGAGGACAGAAUGAGAAGCUACGAGCUGGUUGGCUUCUAAAUCAUCUUGGCGUUGUCCCAGAUUCUCCCUCAGAACGAGUGAUGAGUCUCCCUACAACAAGGAAGAUAGCAUUGAAGAACAAGAUCGUGUUUGGGACCGGCGACCAUUGGCAUGCACCAACUUUGACGGCAAAUAUGGGCUUUGUUCGAGCCAUUUCCCAAACUUCGAUGUCUCUGUUGACGAUCCACCACAAACCCCGCGCGCUAACAGGCGACUGAGUACAUGCCACCUUGAUCAUACAAGGUAUAGCGUCAUUCAGGUUUAGGCCACCGUAGAUGCUUUUACUUGUUAAUGAAGGCAUUCAAACUCCUUCAGAUGAGGCUGGAUUACAAAGAAUGUUGAUUAAAAGGUCAAACUAUUUGCAUUUUGCAUUUUAUAUUAACUACCUGCAUUCAAGAGUA